AAAGAAGUCCCGCAACACGUUCUGCCUCGGAAGGGCGAGAAGUUGAAUGGGUGACGUCUGGGAUUCAUCUUCUCGGACGGUCCUUGCCUUGAAGUAAAGUACCUUGGAGUCUGUACAAAAUCUUCCUAUCCGUUCAUAGCAGUAUACGAGUAGCCUAUAACGCAAGCAACAUAGACAAAGCGCUCUCUCCGCAAAACAGCAAUCCUGCCUCUGAAAGGCUGUUUCGUGGAAGCUCUAUAGUUAUUUUGUAUCCAAAAACAACAAAGAAAGCAAAACAUGCGGCAUCCGCUGCAGGGGACCAAACUGCCAACGUCGUCCGCUGGAGCGAGCAAUGUCAGCUCACUUCAGUCAGCUGCGGCAGCCGUCCUGCUGUACAACACCACACGUCAUGCCGGCGUCCUUGAUGCUACUGCAGCAGCUGCUGCUGGCGACCAAGACAGCAGCAGCGCAGCGCGCGCUUGGAUCCCCGACAUCAUCCGUCGCAUCGCCAGCUUCCUGCUACCCAACGAGGUGGCCUGCAGCCUGCGGCUUAUGAACAGGAACGCAGCAGCCGCGCUCAGCGGUCCGCAGCACACCACCGUUCGGCUGUCGCAGCCCUCCCCGCCGCACGCCUUCGCCCAGCGCUGGGGCUCACCGGGCGCCGUACAGGGCCUCAAUCUCUGUCAGCAAGGGCAGCUGUUGCGCCUAACAGCAUGCAGUGGCGAUGUUGGCAACCUGGCAGUAGCAGUGGAGGCCGUACGGCGGGAGAAUCCAGGAGGGGAAGUGGAGAACUUGUGUGAGGGGGCCCUCGAGGCCACAGCGGAGGCGGGGCACCGGCACAUCUGCGAGUGGCUGCUGACUCAUGGCUGCUGCCGCUGGGCAGCAGACGUUGUGUAUGCGGCCCUCCGGAAGGGUCAAGCGGGCCUUGUCUUGUGGCUGGUGCAGCGCAAGGAAAGGCAUAAGCGUGAUUCUAGACUCGACUAUGAUGACCUAUUGACGGCAGCCGUGUACGGCUGUGACCUUGCAACAGUGCUGCAGCUGCAGGCGAGACUGACGGAGCUUCGAAAGGUGUGGCCGGUCCCGUUGAUGAGCUGGUGCCGGUACGAAAUUGUUAAGAGCGCCGCACGAAGCCCCACUGCUGACUGGCAGGCCAAGUUGGAGUGGUUGCGGGCGAAUUGGCGCCUCCCAAAGACCACCGAUGCUUGUGCGGGUGCUGUGAAGUGCCCCGACGCUGCUGCGCGCCUGACCUGGCUGAGAGACAAUGGCUACCCACUUCUGGGUCCCAGCAGUGGCUACCUAUGGUUGAACCCUAGCGUCGUCAGCGAAGCUGUGUCGUGUCAGUGGGCAAUGUGGAUGCCGUACGGUUCCUGCUGGACGAGGGGGCCGCCAUGGGUUACAGCGAGGCCAUGGAUGCGGCUGCAGCAGGCCACCUGGGGGUGCUGCAGCUGCUGCAUGCGCGGGGGUGCAUCUCGAUGGAGGUGCGCAACAACAACCCAGGCCUCCUGGGGGUCCUCCGCUGUGCCGUAGAAGCACGCCAGCUGCAUGUGGUGCAGUGGGUGGCACAGGUGGCGGGGCUGGGGGUACAUUCGGACGAGCUGCUGGCGAUUGCAAUCCGAAAGGAGGACUAUCGGAUGAUGGCCCUGCUGCAUGAGGCAGGGGCGGCUUGCGAGUUCCAUCAUUUCAUGCAAGCCUAUCAUUUGCAAUUCCCAAGGAUGAUGGAGUGGCUUGCGGAGCACGGCUGCCCCAUGACGGUGCACCCAAUACAGUCCGUGGAUGAUAGCAUGUAUGCGCUGGCGGGUAAGCUCGGGGACACGGCCACACUGCACCUCCUGCGGCGGCUGGGCUGCCCCUGGCAGGGCCCGGACACCUUCACAUGGUGCGUGCGCUCGGGCUGCUGCCUGCCCGUGCUGCAGUGGCUGCGGAAGGAGGGCUGCCCGGUGGACUGGGAGGCGGCGGUGGGGGCGGUGCAGCCGCAGCAGCGCGGCGGGGAGGUGGAAAGGUGGUUGCGUCGGAAGCAGGCCCGGAAGCAGGCCCGGGGGCAGAAGCGACGGCG